AUGGAUCACAGUGACUUCUCCUGUUAUCUAGUGAGAAGCGAAUUCGAAAUGAACAGAGUAUGUGGUUACGGGACUGCUCGCUGCCGGCAGAAAUGUCAGGAAGAGGAAUACAAAAUUGGAAGAUGUCCCAACACCUAUGAAUGCUGUUUGAGGAAAUGGAGCGACCGCUUGCUGGAUCUUACAAAACACUGA